UUUUUCAGUUAAAAUAGAAAUACAAAAAAAUCACUAACUUUUUACACAUACGCUAACCCAGGUAUACUUUUAAGAUUUUUAAAUAACUAUGUCAAUGGAUUUUGGAUCUUCGAUUGGUAGUUCUUCAUUAGGAAGUGGAUUUGGUGUUAGCAGCAGUAACAAAUCAAGCAACAACAGUGCAAUAAUGGAAAACUUAAGACAACAAAUAGCUGUUGCCAAUGCUCAAGAAUUAAUUUCAAAAAUGUCAGACAAAUGCUUUCAAAAGUGCGUUAGUAAACCAGGGGUUAGUCUCGAUAACUCAGAACAAAAAUGUGUUGCCAUGUGCAUGGAUAGGUAUAUGGACGCUUGGAAUCUUGUAUCGCAAACGUACACGUCUCGUUUAAGUCAAGAACAUGGACAACUAGCUAGCAGUGGCAUGUAGGACUUUUCUAUAGUUUGCUAACGAGUUAGAGAACGUUUAACUAUUAACAUCGAUUUUUAAAUGACUAUUAAAAAUGCCAAGAAACUAAACUUGUUAAAUUGACAUUUUAAAUAAGUUAUUACCAAUA